GCGCAGACGCUCCCGGCGCGGGCUGCAGAUGUCGGACCCGCUGGCGGCUGAGGGGCCGGGCUUUUGGAGCGCCGCGGACCGCCGAGGGUCGGCGGGCGGCGUCGGGGACGGCCCGGGAGUGGAGGGGAGCCAGGCGGCCGUCUCAGGUACGCAAGACCUUGGGGAAAAUAAAGAUCAAGAUCUAUUAUCACUGAAAUCCAACCCGAAUCCUUGUGCUUCACCACAUAGGACACAGAUGGUAUCUCCAAGAAGUAAGGAUGCCGCAGAAGAUCUGCAGAAAGCAGCCAGUGCCUUGGAGAAUCAGGCUUUGGUGGAGCAGGACGUACUCCCUGUUGACCAGGCCCAGGUCCUCAGCAAGAUGGCCAAGUACCAAGCUCCAAAAAGAUCUGGAGACAUCGUUAUGAUUCAGUCUGAGCAUACAGGAACUAUAGAUGUUCUUUCAUCUGAUUUGGAAUCUGCAGAUCUUCUGGGGGACCACAGGAAAGUCUCCCCACCUCUGAUGGCUCCUCCGUACAUCUGGACCUUUGCCAAGGUGAAGGAAUUCAAAAGCAAGCUGGGCAAAGAGAAGAAUAGCCGUCUGGUGGUGAAGCGGGGUGAGGUGGUGACCAUCCGGGUACCCACCCACCCAGAGGGGAGGCGUGUCUGCUGGGAGUUUGCCACUGAUGACUAUGACAUUGGCUUUGGAGUUUACUUUGACUGGACUCCUGUAACAAGCACUGACAUAACUGUGCAGGUCAGUGACUCCAGUGAGGAUGAGGAGGAAGAAGAGGAUGACGAGGAGGAUAUGGAAGAACCUGUCCCUGUGGGAGAUGUGGAGAGAGGUUCCCGGAGCUCCCUGCGGGGUCGCUACGGGGAGGUCAUGCCUGUGUACCGGCGGGACAGCCACCGAGAUGUGCAGGCCGGCAGCCAUGACUACCCUGGGGAGGGCAUCUACCUGCUCAAGUUCGACAACUCCUACUCCCUGCUACGCAACAAGACUCUCUACUUCCACAUCUACUACACUAGCUAAAGGGUGCUGGGACAGGGGCAGGCCGUAAUGCUGGCUUAAGCAGGCUGCAAGCUGGUGCCUCUUGUUUUGGAUAUGCAAGAGCUGAAAGUCUGUGUGAGGUUCCUGGGCCUCACGCCCUGCCUGGCAUACCCGACUGUUGACCCAUAUAGCCUUUUCCCCUUCUUGGCUUCUGCAUUUGGUGGUAUAGUGCCCCUGUUCUGUGGUCCCUGACUCACAUUCUUGUUGCUUCAGAUUCCAGCAAAAUCCCUCUCUGAAGGCACCUACCAGGCAAAAGCCUAAAAGGAGACAGAAUGUUAUCUUUUAAAAAAUAGAUUUCUGUUGGUAUAAGGCUUAUCACUAAGAUUACUGCUUGCUCCCGAAAUGCCAGUGCAUCUGGUGGUACCUGCCCUCUUUACUUCUUGAGGUGCCAGAAGUGGGAAAAGCACACUGUCCAUGGUGGAGCGCCAUGUCUUGGAUAGAGAAUGCUCAGUCCAGCUUCUCACCACUGCCAUAUUCCUGCCCGCUGGGUACUCUUGGUCUCUCCAACAGGCCUGGAGACCUCACUGCCUUGGAGGGAUGUUAUUAUUCUUGAUAGUUAGACUCCUGUUUCUUUCCUAAAUCUGUGUUUUUGCCAUGCAGCAAGAACUUUCAUGCAAUCUAAAGGGAUGAUCAGUUUAGCCUAAAAUCUUCUGGGAAGAAAAUUGGCCUCCAUCACUUCUUAUUUCAAGAACUAGUUUCCUUUACUAAGGGUACCAGAAAUUGAAUGCAGAAAGGGUAAAAAUGAGGUACUGAGUUGAUCUCAGAACCUACACCUUUGAAAGUCAAGGGUUAACAUACAUAUAUGGAAGGAACGAUAUCUUUUGAGAGAGAAGGUUAGAAAAACACUCCAGAUUCCCUGGUUUUUUUCUUCCCGUAUUUAUGGUAGGAGUGCUACUUAGAAAUUUUUGCUUUCAAAUUAAACGUAGUGCAACCCAGUCAGGUUUCCAAAGUUUCUGGACUUAGUUUUUUUGUGUUGCAGGUUUAAAGCUUUUGGUGUUUAAAACCCCUGAGGAAAGGUGAUAGUGAAGCCUCCCUGUUACUGCUGCUUGCACGUGUCCUUUACCUGACCAAAGCUUGCACCUCCCUGGUGACAGCCUUUCGCACUCCGUGCGCCCUGGGGCUCGGCAGUGCCGGGGAGAGCAGCUGUGCUGCACCCCGUGCCUGGGCACAGGUGCCAGGGCCUCAGGUGGAGGAGAAGCACCAGAGGAGGCGAGGCCCUCCGCAGUGGGCCCAUUUCCGCAUAUCUUAUUCCUGUGUGAAGUCUGUUACUCCCUUCCAAUUUUGAAUGAUUAGAUUUAUUUAUUACUUUAUUUAUUAUAGCAAAUUUCAUUUUGCUUUUGAAACCAUUUUCAUCCAUUUCUGAGAAGGCUUCCCAUCUGCUCUGAGCCACAGAGGCUGCCGCUUUUACAGAGUUAAAAUGAUGAUUGUAAAAGAAUGUGGGAAGUGCUUCAGUUCAUUCCUGUAGGUCAGUCCUGUGAUGCUUUGGGAGUAGUCUGGCCCUGCAGCUGUGGAUGACUCUAGUGUGCCCCAGUGGCCCAUGUGAGGAGCUCUAUAUUGUGAGGGAAUCUGUUUGCUGGGAUUUGAGUACAGAGCAACUGACUGGCCAGCGAGUGACCGCGAAUGCCUGCGAUUCCAGGAUUUCAUUGUCCUCUGUUUCAUACUGUUUCCUUUGGUUCAGGCCAUCAUUCUAUGGAUGCCUCACCUUCUCCUCCCUACAGAAGCAGUCAUCGGGAGAACAGGACUUUCCACAGUAGUUCUAGCAUGUUAUCAGGAACAAGAGACAACACUCUGCCCCUCUGUCUCUUGGGAGCAAAGUCCUAAGUAGGAUCAGGUGCUGUCGAUUGUCAUAACAUUCCCAUUCCCUCUGCAGCAUCAUACUUCCAUUAUUUUAUCAUCAUGGAUGUAUGUUGUUGAAGAUUACACUGGCCAAAGUGUAUAUACAUUGUGAUAAAUUAUUUUAAUGACUGAGCAGUGAAAAGCAAACUUGUUAUGCAUCAAAUAGCUGCGGGACCACUCCUUAUCACUGAAGUUGAAUCAUGCCUUAGCUAGUUGAAUACAAUCUUUGUAAAAUAGCUUUUUCUGCUGAGCUGUUUCCAGUCAGUGAAAGUCACACUUAGUUUUCCUGUGUAUUAUCAACUUCGGACUUUCUUUCAAAAUGGAGCUAUCAGGUCAGACAUAGUAAGCUCCCAAGGAUCACACAUACUAAUUUUUGCUUUUGCCAUAGGAUUGUCUUUGCUUACUUUCUUUCAAAUCCUAGGUUUGUUGCAUCAGGGAAGCCGACACACUUUCAUGUGUGUCUUACUGUCUGGUCCCUUUUGAAGUCCUGGCCAUUGUUACAUCAUAUUCCUUACUGGGUUUUUGGUUUUGUUUUUUUCUU